GACAAGGACGACCUCUCAGCCGAUGACGAAAUGCGGCGGCUGUCUCAAAAGCGGCGCGAUGUUGACACGGCAGCUAAGGAAAGCGAAGAGUUGAAGCGACGAGCUGUCGCGCGCUCGCCGAUGAGCCCUGAUCGGGUACUCCACGACCGCAAUUGCACCUUGAACAUCUUUGAGCGUGGCGAGAUUGUCGAUUAUGCCAAGGAAGGGGUGUUCUUUACUGGUACAAAGAGUGCUCGGAAGAUCAUUGGAAGCCUCACGCCAUCGCCAACUUCUGGCGGCGAUAAGGAGAAGGCUGGCAACUACGGCUACGACGAUGAAAGAGGCGACUACAAUAUUGUCAUGGGCGACCACCUCGCUUAUCGAUACGAAGUGGUCGACCUUCUCGGCAAAGGCAGCUUUGGACAGGUUGUGAGAUGCGUUGAUCACAAAGACGGAGGCAUUGUGGCUAUCAAGAUCAUCAGGAACAAGAAGCGCUUUCAUCAGCAAGCAUUGGUCGAAGUGGGCAUCUUGAGCCGUCUAAGGGAAUGGGAUCCCGACGGCGCCAAUGCCACCCUCUCGAUCACUUCUUCUUUCUACUUCCGCUCGCAUCUUUGCAUCGUCACACCCUGUCUCAGCAUCAACCUUUACGAGCUCAUCCGAGCGCACAACUUUGGCGGCUUCUCGUUGCCACUCAUUCGCCGCUUCUCUCGCCAACUGCUGUCCUGCCUGGUCCUCCUGCAGAACAAGCGCAUCAUUCACUGCGAUCUUAAGCCUGAGAACAUACUGCUUUGCGAAGCUCGCAAGGCCGAUGUCCGGGUCAUUGACUUUGGCAGCAGUUGCAAGGAGGAGGAAAAGGUCUACACCUACAUCCAGUCUCGAUUCUAUCGCAGUCCGGAAGUCAUACUCGGCAGCAGCUACGGAUUGGGGAUCGAUAUGUGGUCACUGGGAUGCAUCCUGGCCGAGCUGUGGACCGGUUAUCCGCUGUUCCCCGGAGAAAACGAGCAGGAGCAGCUUGCCUGCAUAAUGGAGAUAUUCGGCCCACCAGACCGACAUCUCGUGGAGCGAUCAACGAGGAAGAAGCUGUUCUUCGAUUCGGUUGGCAAACCCCGCGUGACUGUCAGCAGUAAGGGACGACGGCGAAGGCCAAGUUCGAAGACCUUGUCUCAAGCAAUGAAGACUGAUGACGAAGCCUUCCUGGACUUCAUCUCUCGCUGCCUUCGAUGGGACCCCGAGCGCAGGAUGAAGCCCCACGAGGCCAUUCAUCAUCCCUUCAUCACA